GAGUGAGAGAGAGAGAGAGAGAGAGAGAGAGAGAGAGAGAGAGCGAACCUUACUCUGUGCUGAACAUAAUUUCCUCGACCACACUCCUGAGAGGAGGGGAGAGAAGUGAACAAGCUCCUCUCUGGUGAUGGUAUUCACUCCCAAAGUGGACAGCUAAGAAGGGGACAGACUUCUGCUUUAUUUUGUAAGGACUUACUUUCAUGUCAACGGAUUAUUCUUCUCACCUGGAGCACAGGGACCACAGAACAAGAGGUAGACGAUGCGCUCAAAAAGCAACAGUGUGGAGAGCACUACUAACGGCAUGUUGGUGGUGCCCUGCGGACCUCAUGAUAUUAGCCAAGAGGAAGAAGGCAAACUGCAUGCCCCUGACAAGAGUCAGAAGCUGAAAGGUAAACAGAAGGAUGGCGCAGAGAUGGAGCUCUCAGGAAAUGAGAAAACUGAUGAGAAGUCCACAGAAAACAAUCACCGAAGUCCCGGGCUGAAGGACCUGUCCAAAGACGACGUUCUGAAACUUCUGGGAAUCAUGGAAGGGGAGGUUCAGGCGCGUGAGGACGUGAUCCGGGUGCUGAGCACGGCCGGGCACGGUGCUGAGCACGUGUCUCCGCACGGCCGGGCAGGAGCCGGGGCACUGGAGUCACGUUACGGCUCAGCGGGUCCCACCAAAGCCCUGCAGGCUCUUCAGAGAGAUGGCUUCCUCACUCACUCCAAGGGCAGCAAGGAUGAUGUGUAUGAGGAGCCCAUGGCAGCGCUGGACCAGUUACAGGAUAAGCACAAGGAGGCGUACAGGCGUAUGCUGGAGCAACUGCUGCUGGUGGAGAAAUGCCAUCGCCGCACCAUCCUUGAGCUGGACAGUGAGAAGCGCAAACACGUCGAUUACAUGAACAAGAGUGACGACUUCACCAACCUGCUGGAACAAGAGAGAGAGAGGUUGAAGAGAUUGCUGGAGCAAGAGAAAGCAUACCAAGUGCGUAAAGACAAAGAGAAUACUAAACGUCUGGAGAAAGUCAGAGCAGAGCUUGUUAAACUCAAGUCCUUUGCUCUAAUGCUUGUAGAUGAACGGCAGCUCCACCUCGAACAGAUUGACCAGCAAAAACAGACGGCCAAGGAGCUCACUCAAAAUCUCCUGGAGAAGGAGUUGAAGCUGAGCGAGGUUGACAACCAUACAAAAGAGGACAGUCAGAAAAUUCUCACACUACAGACAGAACUAGAGAAUACGGCAGCAAAGUUUGCCAAGGAGCAUGAAGAGAUGACUGCCAAACUAGCAAGUCAAGAGUCCCAGAACAAACAGCUGCGGCAAAAGGUGGCCGGGCUGACAUCAAAAAUUGAAGCUCUAGAGGACACCAAUGGGGCUUUGCAGAAAUCAGCAGAGGAGUUACAGGAGCUCAGGGACAGGAUUAGCCAGGGAGAAUAUGGCAACUCAAACCUCAUGGCAGAGCUGGAGAAUCUCCGUAAAAAAGUUCUAGAAAUGGAGGGCAAAGACGCGGAGAUCACCAAGACUGAGACGCACUGUAAAGAGUUGCAGAAAAAACUCCAAGAGGAGGAGAGCCAGGGGAAAGAGCUAAAACUGGAGGUUGAGAGACUUCAGGGGAGGAUGACGGAGCUGGAGCAAUUGGAGGGGUCCUUUGGUUUGAGCCGAGCUGAUUGUUCGCAGUUCCAAGUUGCUCUUGUAAAAGAGCAGAGCCUCUCAAAAGAGCUAGCGGAUGAACUGGUGACACUGAAGAUCCGUGUGAAAGGACUCGAGUCCAGUGAGUUGAAACUGGAAAAGGCAGAAUUGGCCCUUAAGGAUGACCUCAUGAAGCUUAAAUCUGUUACUGUUGUGAUGUUUAAUGAACGUAAGAGCAUGGCAGAGAGAAUAAGAUCAGAGGAGAAGAAAAGAGACGAGUUGAGCAAACUGUUCAAGGCCGAGCAAGAGAAAGUAAUGGAAGUCACAGAGAGACUGAUUGAGGAAAGCAAAAAGCUUCUGAAGUUCAAGUCGGAAGUGGAGGCCAGAAUGACCAUUCUUACAAAAGAGAGGGAUGCACUAACAUCUAAACAAGUUAGUGAGGAAGAGAGGAAUAAAGAGCUCAGCACGAAAGUGUGUAUAUUGAAACAGAAAAUAGAUGGUCUUGAGGGAGUUGAAAAGGAAUCUACCAAAUAUGUGUUGAAACAAGAAUCAGGAAGACUGUCAGAUGAAUGUAGACAGGAUGAGAGUAAAAUAAAAGAACUCACGAUGGAAAUUGAGAGGCUGAAGAAUCGCCUGAAGCAACUAGAGGUUGUGGAAGGAGAUCUCAUCAAAACUGAGGAUGAGUAUGACAUGUUAGAAAAGAAGUUCAAGACAGAGCAGGAUAAGGCCAACAGUCUCUUCCAACAACUAGAGGAGAUGAAGGGUCAAAUCGCAUUUAAUAAAGCUAUAGAAAGAGGCGAGGCUGUGAUCCAAGGGGCAGAAUUACGCCAGCGAUGCCUGGCAGAAGAGACUAAAACCAGGGACCUGGAAGCUGACAUACUUGCCCUCAAGGAGAAGAUCCAUGAACUCAUGAACAAAGAAGACCAGCUCUCACAACUGCGAGUGGACUACAGUGUUCUUCAACAACGUUUUCUUGAGGAAGAGGACCACAAGAAGAGUAUAAGCAACGAGGUUCUCAAUCUCACCAAAGAGCUUGAGGUCAGCAAGCGCUACAGCCGUGCCCUAAGGCCAAGCACAAAUGGGCGGAGAAUGAUGGACGUUCCUAUGACCUCUACUGGAGUGCAGACUGACCCAGUGACCAGUGACAUUAUUGAGGAGGACACACCUGCUGUGUUCAUCAAGAAGUCUGUGCAAGAGGAAAAUCACGUCAUGAGUAACCUCCGGCAACGAUGCCUCAAAAAAUCCACCGAGAGAUCGACUGUUGAUCGCUACCCCUCUGCAGCCAGUGACAUGAGAAAGUCCUGGAUUCCCUGGAUGAGAAAAAAGGACAGCAAUCACAAUGGAUCGGAAAAAUCUAUGCAAAUAAAUGGGGAGUGCUCACCUGCAGAACUCACCUUGUCCCAAAAGCAAGGACAGCCUUUACAUAUAAGGGUAACUCCAGACCACCAGAACAGCCAGGCAACUCUUCAAAUCACAAGUGCUCCUACCUCGGACAUUUAUUCAAGUACAACAGUGAUCUCUAAUCAGGGCCUUCAGAAGCCUCGCAUAACGAUCAUUCCUACCCCAAAUAUCACCCCUACAAAAAACAGAAACAGUGAAUGUCCACGGGGUCCAGAGAGGGCUAAGUCCCCAGUCACCAUCACAACAAUCUCUAGGGCAAGAUCUCCAGAGUGCAAGAUCCCCUCCUCAGACAGAUCCAUGUCACCCGUUUCAAUUAUCUCAGUCAACACUUCCUCACUCUCUGACAUUUCAAGUUCCCCAGAACCACAGGAGAUGAUAACAGGUCGAGCUGUAUUCAAAGUAACCCCAGAGAAGCAGAUGGUUCCCGCACCCAUUAGGAAAUAUGGCUGUCACUCUAACAUCGUCACCACAGAGGACAACAAAAUCCACAUUCAUUUGGGCUCUCAGUUUAAGAAGCUUUCUGAUGGCAGCAGCCCUAUGGGGGCCAUUAGGCCGCCUGCUGAGGCGGCUGAGAGCAAGGAGGUCUCAACUGGAACAGUGUUGCGCUCCCCAGGCCACAGCUCCCUAACUCCCAAGGCUUUGGCCAGCAAAGUGACAAGCAGCCUCACAAUUACCCCAGUGUGUACAGCUCCAGCCAGACCAGUGUUGUCUCUGCAACCAGUACAAGACAUCCUCUCUCCUAAGUCUGGAGCGAGCCGGAUCCCAAUGUCCCGUGGCAUGAAGACAGGGAAGGCUGUGUUGGGCGCCCUUGGCAUCUCCAGUGCAAUGAAGAUGGAGGCACGUGCCGAUGGCCAGUCGAUGAGAAUAGAGCUGAAGAAGUCUACGAUCAGUGGUGCUUCCUUUCUGAGUGGAGGGAAAAGUUGAAUUUAAAUAAGGGAACAUUACACAAUCAAACAACCCUGCUUUUGAAGCAGUCAGGGAGUGUAACAACCUCAAACUGUGAACCGACUAAAGACCAUUUCCUAAAACAAGUCAGGUGACAUAAUUUUGUGUGUUAGUCCCUUCCUUUCUUGAGUGUACACAGCUGUCGAAAGAAGUGGAUACACUGGUGCUGUAAGUCUUUGGCCACAAAGCCUUAUGUAGUACACAAAAUGUGUUUUGAUUACAGACCUUGCUGCAGCCAAUAUACUGGUAUGUAAAACAAUUUAACAUCUAUGUUUAGGAUCAGUUUGGGAUCUUUUUUAGCAUUAAUCAUAAUCGAGUGAACAAAGGUGAAGUUUCCUGCUGGGACGUGCUGCUAUGUGACUAUAACAAUAACUGCUUUUCUGUAUUCAUAACCAUCUUACUGAGUGGGACUUUGUGAUACUAUUUUCUUGUUGUUCAUUAUAACUAUUGAUGCCAUAUCUCUUACAAAUUAGUAAAUGUGUUUUUUUAUUGUUUAUUGAAUGAAUCAUUUUGAAAUAAAAAAAGGUUUUCUCUUCUUUU